AUGUCGCUGAAAAUUACAAAAAGAAAGAUAAGUGAAGUGAUUGGCUUGCGGUCUUCCACAAACACAGCACUAUCAAUCUCUCUCUCUCUACCGUUUUCUCUUCGUCUUCCCCUCGCGGAUUCUCAGUCGUGUCUUCUCGAGAAAGCGACAAGGAGUUCGUGUGCAGGAAGAGAAGUCCCUGCAAAAACAAAGAAAGAAAGCAAAAAAGAAAGCCAUGGCUUCUUCUUGCCUCCUCCUCCUUCCGAACCCAACUCCCUUCCCUUCCUCCCUCCGCCCUCCUCCUCCGCCGCCGCCCUUUCCGUCCCCCGCGCUCUCCCCGCCGCUUCUCCGACCCGCCGGCGCGGCGCCGGCCGCCGCCCCUCUCUGGGCUCCGUCGUCGGGAAGAGGGGUCUCGCGACGCGGUCGAGCCUUGAUGAUGUCUCUGUCCUCGACCGGCCGCCCUGGCAGUCGGAUCCUGUCGCUCCUCUGAAGCUGAAACUGCUGAGUGCUGUCUCUGGUCUGAACAGAGGGCUCGCUGCGAGUGAAGAAGAUAUACAGAAGGCAGAGGCUGCUGCGAAGGAGGUUGAAGAUGCUGGAGGACUUGUGGACCUUUCGGCUGAUCUUGAGAAGCUUCAGGGUCGAUGGAAGCUGAUAUAUAGCAGUGCAUUCUCGUCUCGUACUCUAGGUGGCAGCCGUCCUGGACCUCCCACUGGAAGGCUUCUUCCCAUAACUCUUGGUCAGGUCUUCCAACGGAUUGAUGUUUUGAGCAAAGACUUUGAUAACAUAGUGGAUCUCGAGUUAGGUGCACCAUGGCCAAUCCCUCCUGUUGAAGUAACCGCCACGCUUGCCCACAAAUUCGAACUCAUUGGAUCUGCAAAGAUCAAGAUAACGUUUGAGAAAACAACGGUGAAGACGACGGGGAACUUAUCACAACUCCCACCAUUUGAGAUACCUAGGUUACCGGACGCACUAAGGCCUCCGGCCACAGGAAGCGGCGAAUUUGAAGUGACAUAUCUUGAUUCUGAUAUGCGUAUAACUAGAGGAGACAGAGCCGAGCUCAGAGUCUUUGUCAUAGCUUGAACCUUCCAACUGUAGAUAUUUCAGGUAAGGAGCUAUAGUUCCAAUACAUCGUGCUGUCCUUGUUCAUUUGGGUUCUUUUUUUUUUUUUUUUUUCUCCCCAUUGUUCAUUUGUAAAUGCAGAAUAAUAUGCAGCAUUUGGUAAAGCAAGAAAAUUUUAUGUAAAUUUGAUAUCUGAUGCGAACUUGUUCUUCCAAUCAA